AUGAUUGGUACAGCAAAUAGUGAACCUACCAGCAACGGAUUGAGAUUGACAAUUAAAACGCGUGACACUCGUGGAGACUACCAUGUAGAUGUGAAGAGACCACUCAAGGGAGCUGAACGGAAGCAAGUGGGAGAAAAAUUGCAAAAGCAGAGUGCUGCCAAUUAUCAAAAUGAAUUAUUAAGGGAUAAUAUGCAAUUUGGAGACGAUGUUCCACAUUUUGUCCAGGAAAAUUAUAUCUACAGACAAGCGAAGAUGGAGAAGCACAAAAAAAACGCUGGCAUGAAACCCAAUGAGAAAAAUGAUGUGAUUAAAUCACUCCAAAAAAUGUCAACAGAUCCUCGUUAUAUAAAUACCAUACACGAGAUUGGUUAUGCCAGAAAAGAGCUGGAGGGUCAUAUGAGUGUUAGGAAAAGCGUCAUCUGUGAUAUUGAGGCUUCAAUGACAUCGUAUCUAGAAGAGAAAGGUAAUACGUCCAAACAGUUUGAAGAAGGCGAAAAUGACUUUGUCAAGGAGUUAACACGUAUCGCGAAGGAGUUUCCACUGUGGACUGCUGCAGCAAUUCCAGUUGCUGGAAAACAUGCUUCAACAGCUCAUCAAGAAGGGUAUUUCGCUAUCUUGCGGGAAAGAGUUUUUGAACACAUUCGUUUACCAUGUCUAGGGAAUCGAUUUGUGCUCGAACACCUCCACAGUCUGAAAAGUGGCAGCAAUUUGCUUGCUGCCAAGUUGAAACAUUUCAACCAUCAGCGAGAGGUCUUGUCCACUCCCACUCUGAAGGAUGAAACUGUUGAAGAAAAUGAAAAUAAUCAUCCAAAAUCUCCACCAAAAAGAAAUCACUUGAUUGAUGAUACUGAUUUAUUCUCUUACGAAAAAUGGAGAGGACUUAAGAACAAACAACUUUUUAUUGUCAAGAGUGAAAGUUCUGAAUCAAUAAUGAAAGAUAAUCUUGACGCUAAGAAAGACGAAUCUUCGAUUCAUAACACUGCAACAAUUCUUUCUGAAAUUCUGAAUUAUGAAACACAGAUCAACAAUCUCGCUGAUGAUUCUACUAAAAAUAAUGAAGAUCAAAAUUUGAAAUUUAUAAAUGACAACUUAAUGGUAAGUGAAAAAGCUGACUAUGAAGUGGUGGGAGAUGAAGUGUUGAAUAAUGAAGGAAAUGAUUUUGACAUUCCUCUCAAUUAUCUAGAGAAGAACCCAAAAAUCAACUCACAUAUACCAUACACCCCAAAGAGAGACUCAUCUAAUUUUUUUUGCACCUCUCAAGUAUACACAAGCACACCACUUUUAGAUCAUUCAUAUGCUAAACUAAUAUCAAGUUCUGCGGCUAUAUUAUUGGAAGAUAUUGGAAGUUUAGACGAAGAACGUGAUUCACCAACCAAUGGAGAAGAAAAAAGAAGACUGAAGCCCGAGAAUCAGGAAAAAAGGAACAAUGACCAGAAUUUAAUCGCCCCGCAUCCCAAAAAUGAUAUUUUGUGUAAUGAGGAAAUUGUGGAGAAGAACGUGGGAAAAGUCAAGAAUAGCGGAAAACAUGAAAUAGAAGGCAAAAUGAUUUCAAAGGGUUUUUAUUUUCGACCCUACCCUGAAAUCAAAUUACUGAAUGAGAGGAAAACGUCACGGAAAAAAGGAUUUUUGUUACUUAAUGGCAAUCUCUGCAGUUUAAUACAAAUUAAGAAUGCCCAAUAUCCAUGGAAUUUUAAUAAUGAAAAAUUUAAAAAUAUGCCAAUCCAACGCAAUGGAAUUAAAGUUUACGUAAAAAACACCUGUGGGUUAGAUACAAUUGUUCACAUCGUACAGUUUUCUGCCCUGGAUAACCCAACGUAUCAUUCAUACAUAGAAAAUUCAGCCAACGCUACAUUGCAAUUAAUCUUCAAUUUCAUGAAAACAGGACUCACUCGUCAAAUUUUAUUAGAUCGCUUGAAAAUUUUAAAUCAAUUUUAUACCAUUGAAAAAGAUCCGGACUCCACAAAUCUUUCUCCGUAUUUUCUUGACGCAGAGACUUUUAUAACACGUUCAUGGAGCAAUUUUCUUGACAGUGAGCCCAGUGGAUAUGAAACCUAUCAGUGCACCAAUAAAGAUUGCAUCGGAAAAAAAAUUUAAAAAAAUACCAUUUCUCUCUAUCAAUGAGAAUGUAAUAAGACAAAAUGGAUAUCAAGCUUUGCAAGAUGCAUUGCUGUAUCAUCUUCAAAUUUUUAAUAUAAAGUGUCUGCAGCCAGGAUGCACGGGAACUCUUACAAAGAAAACUGAUUUGAACAUUCACAUCUGCAUCGAAUUGGAUGUGAGAGACUGCGCUGCGAGAGAGAGAAGCAUCGCAUGUUCUCUGCAUGACUUUCCCAUUUCUCUCAAUUUAGAACGAAAAUAUCGACUUGCUGGUGUCAUUCAUUAUAUUUCCAGGC